AUGCUUCGACAAGCCGUCCACUCCUUUCUGCUCGCCGCACUCGCGGGCCAAGCUAUCGCAGUACCAAGCAACUCCUCAUCAGCUGCCAAGGUCCACUGGCUCGGCGAAAAACCCAACUUCACCUCAGGAACUACCUUUGGUGUCCCUUGGCCUCAGUCAAAACAUUUCCCUAAAAACACAAAGUUUACAGCCUCGGGUGCAUCAGGUCAAGAUGUUGAUCUUCAAUCCUGGGUUACUGGCUACUGGGCUGAUGGCUCGGUAAAGUGGACUGGCCAUGCGAUCCCUGCCUUGGAGGAUGUCCUUGACGAGUACACCAUCAGGGCUGUAGCUGGCCAAAAUGGCGUCAACUCGACUGGACCCGCUGGUAGUGGAAAAGAUACUCCCAGCAUAUCAGUCACUCAGACAUCAAGCGACAUCAAAGUCGACACUGGAAAGGUGACCGCCAUCUUCCCCAAGAAGGGCUCGGUCAUUGUCAAGGAAAUCACAACCAACGGCAAGCGCAUCGCCCAGAAUGGCAAGCUUGUACUGCAAUCCCAAUCUGGCGUUUCCCAUCCCUCUGAUGAAGACAGCCAGUCCUUCAAAACACUUCGCUUCCAGAGCAACAUCGACAACGUGACAGUCAGUGACCAAAACUCAGCACGAGCUCUAGUCACAGUUCGAGGUAAACACGAGGCAGCUGACAAGUCCGGCCAUGAUUCUUGGUUACCAUUUGUCCUUCGUUUCUAUCUCUAUUCCGGCUCUGAGUCGAUCAAGAUUAUUCACAGCUUGGUUUUUGACGGCGAUGCUGAGAAAGACUUCAUAUCUGGUGUUGGUCUUCGUUUCGACGUUCCACUCGAGGGUGAAGAGCUCUACAAUCGCCAUGUGCGAAUUGCUGGUGUUAAUGGAGGCCUUCUCAGUGAAGCCGUUCAGGGCAUUACAGGUCUUCGAAGGGACCCUGGUGCUAACGUCCGAGCUGAUCAAUUUGAUGGCAAAGAGUUGCCCGAUAAGUCUACAUGGGAUGUUCGUGUUUCGAGCCGCAUGCACUGGAUCCCCCCGUGGAACGACUAUAGCUUGAGACAACUGUCAUCUGAUGGAUUCACUCUCAAGAAGAGAACCAAGUCUGGCCAAAGUUGGGUUACCAUCCCUGGAGGCACCCGUGCGGAAGGACUAGCCUACCUUGGUGGUGCUACCGCAGGAGGUCUGGCGGUUGGUCUUCGUGACUUCUGGAAGAGGUUCCCAACCGGCUUUGACAUCUCUUCUGCGGCUUCCGAUACUGGUUCCAUCACUCUGUGGCUCUAUAGUCCCUCUGCUGAUCCUCUGGAUCUUCGACCAUACCACGAUGGACUCGGACAGAAGAAUUACACCGACCAGCUCGAUGCUUUGGAGAUUACCUACGAAGAUUGGGAAGAGGGUUUUGACACCCCCUACGGCAUCGCUCGAACUAGCGAACUCUAUCUCGUUGCCUUCGACAAGACACCCUCUCAGGAUACUCUUGCUAGCUAUGUGUCUCAAAUCAACAACCCUCCUGUUCUUGUCCCAGAGGGCGAGUACAUCAGCAAGACCAAAGCCCUCGGAUCAUACUGGGCUCCUGCAGAUACGUCUAGUGCCGCGUCAAAGAAGCUGGAAGAUAACAUUAACUUCCUUGCCAAGUUCUAUCAGGACGAAGUCGAGCAUCGCAGGUGGUAUGGAUUCCUGGAUUACGGCGACUUCAUGCAUACCUACGAUCCGGACCGACAUGAGUGGCGAUAUGAUAUUGGCGGAUACGCUUGGGAUAACUCAGAGCUCUCGCCCGAUCUAUUCUUUUGGCAGUACUUUCUCCGCACAGGCCGCGAGGAUAUCUAUCGAUUCGCCGAGGCCCUUACGCGACACACUGGAGAAGUAGACGUUUACCAUAUCGGCAACUGGAAAGGACUUGGGACCCGACACGGUGUUCAGCACUUCAGCGACAGCGCGAAGCAAGCCCGUAUCUCACAGCCUCAGUAUAGGAAGUACUUCUACUACCUGUCUGGUGGAGACGAGCGCAUCGGCGAGCUAUUUGAGGAGCUUCUUGAUACAGACAAGACAUAUGGUGUGCUUGACCCGCAACGAAAGGUCCGAAAGGAUGGUUGGGUUCCCACACCAAAUGCAACAGUCGCUUUCAGUCUAGGAACAGACUGGGGUGCCCUUGCGGGUGGCUGGUUGAUCGACUGGGAGCGCCGAGGUCCACGAUGGGAAGAGUCGAAGGCCAAACUCACCAGCACGGUUGAGAGCAUCGCUAAGCUCAAGAAUGGAUUUGUCACAGGCAACGGUCUCUACAAUCUUCAGAAUUGGACACUCGGUCCUCCUCCUGCUGAUCCAGACAACAAGGGUCACGUAGACGUCUCACAUCUCUCAGCUGUCUUUGGUCUACCUGAAGUGGUAUCCGAGCUGAUUGAGUACGCCGGUGAUGAUCUUCCCAAAGGUUUUAAGCAAGCGUGGCUCGACUACUGUUACUAUUUCGAAGCUACAGCCGCCGAGCAACAGGCCCGUUACGGAAAAGACUUCGGAAAGUUGAACUUGUACCAGGGUCAUUCCCGUCUUACAGCCUAUGCAGCAAACCAGCAGAAGAACGUGACAAUGGCGAGACUCGUUUGGGAGAAGUUCUUCAACAGUGAUGGUUUCAAAGCACCUAAUGCCACUUUCGAAACGACACUCAUUCCCGAUCAUGAAGGACUUAUACCUGGAAAGGAGGCACCAUGGGUUUCGACAAAUGAUGUUGCUCAGUAUGGAUUAGCUGUGAUCCAGAAUCUUGCUCUAGUCAGGGAUGCUCUUGAGGACUUCAAACCCAAGGCUUGA